CUUUCCCUUUAUAAUAUGCUUGUGGUAACUAAGCAUGUUUGUGCCAGAGGCGGAAGCAUAAUCUGUGUCUGCACAAGCAAGUCUGGGUCUGAGGUUUGUCAAGUAUCCAUAGUAAGGGAUCACAGUCCCAGCACAAGACCAACAGAAACCCACAAUGAGCACCUUACCCUUCACCCAGUGACUGGACUGAUCCCAAAGAAAACUGGACGAUUGGGGUUUGAGAUGAACUCAGAGGCAGGAGGAAAGCGCACUACUAACCUAGCCAACGAAAAUCCCACAUUCAACAUGGUUUCUGACACCAUUCAGGAUGGCCCCAGCAUAAGGUCUCGACCGUCCAAAAAAGGAAUCGCAUUUGGGAAACGGUCCAAUUCCAUGAAGAGGAAUCCAAAUGCUGAGGUCACAAAGACAGGCUGGUUAUAUAAACAGGCCAGUUCUGGAGUAAAGCAGUGGAACAAGCGGUGGUUUGUUCUUGUUGAUCGUUGCCUCUUCUAUUACAAAGAUGAAAAAGAAGAGGGGAUUUUGGGAAGCAUUCCCCUGCUGAGUUUUCGCAUCGCUCCCGUCCAACCAUCGGAUAAUAUCAGUCGGAAGCACACCUUCAAGGCGGAACACGCUGGCAUUCGCACGUAUUACUUUAGUGCAGAAAGCAGAGAAGAACAGGAGGCUUGGAUACGAGCAAUGGGGGAGGCAUCACAAGUACACAACCCUCCCACUCCUAGAUUGGAAAGGCAGAACAGUGAAAAUAUACCUCCUGUGAGGGAUCGUGAUCCAGAAACCAGAAGCCGAGGUGAAGGAGAUGGGAGAGGUUCUGAAAAGCUGGAGAGAAGGUCGGAGUGCAGAAAGGAACCUAUGACUAAAGUAAAUGGGACAGGAACUUCUUCUGAAAGGCUUCCUGACCUGGAGCCUCCCAGACACUUGCCAGAAGGAGAACGCCCCCCGCAUCCGAAUGGUUGGGGUUUUGUUUCUUCUCCAGGCCGCCCAGCCAGCACUGCUUUUCCAGAGGGCAAUGGACAACGAAGGGGAAACUUUUCACGCACCCACCCAGAGAAAGUUGCACAGAGACAAAACUCGAUGUCACAAUUACAGCAGUGGGUCAACCUGCGCAGGGCGGCAGCACCUACAGAAGACCUGCAAAGCCCCAGCAGAUACUUCCCAGGAUCACACCGCAUGCCUGAUUACUAUCCUCAGUACGCAUCUCAGUAUUCUGAUGGCUAUCAGUAUUUCAGUCCUGCGGGAUCACGACCAGACAGCAUUUGCUCCAUGUCGGCUUUCCCACAAUGGGCUUUAGAGGAAAAGCAUCAGGCUCUUCGCAAUGGAAUACCUUAUCAGCCUCGGGACUGGAAGGAGCCUGGUGUUUAUGGACGCCCAGCAGAAUUGUGGGGCCCCCGACCAGCUUUAUACUACAAGGAGGUGGAUGCUGCUUGUGGAUCUCUCAGACGCCUUUCCAUGCAGCCUCGUUCUCGUUCAGUACCACGAUCUCCUAGUCAGGGAGCUUACAGUACUCGUCCAAGGGUCUACUCUCCAGUGCGGUCCCCAAGUGCACGCUUUGAAAGCAUGAGUCGGGAUGAAAGCUUUGGAGAUCCAGCUGCAUACACCAUGAGGCGCUCAAUUAGUUCUCCUAAACAGUCUUCUGGUCAGCCAUUGACCAAACAUGACUCCGAAUGUCCCUCAAGUUUGCAGGAUGGGGACCGGAAGACCACUGAAGGGAGCCAGAACGGUGGAGGGCAGUAUGACUAUUUGGGAGACCGGCGACCAGGACCUGCUGGAGUGUACUCGUACAGCUACCCAUCGUCCCCUCCUCUUCAUGACAAAAUGGUCUCUCCUUAUGCGGAUCCAUACAGAGAAGCUCUGCAGAGCUACAAGUUCAAUGAGCAGGACACAGAUAAACUCCUGGGUAGGCUGUGUGAGCAACACAAGGUGGUGAGGGAACAGGACCGGCUAGUCCAGCAGCUCCGAGCCGAGAAGGAGAGCCUCGAGAGUGCACUUAUGGGAACUCACCAGGAGAUGGAGAUGUUUGGCAAUCAGACAGCGUUUCCAGAAAAGUUACUGCAUCGGAAGGAAUCUCUCCAGAACCAGCUGAUCAGUAUCCGUGUAGAGCUCUCACAGGCCACCACGGCAUUAAACAAUAGCAGCAUGGAGUACGAGGUGCUGGAGGCGGAGGUCUCUGCUUUACAUGAUGCUUUGUGGGAGCAGCUGAACCUUAACAUACAGAACGAAUUAAUGAAUAGACACAUUCAAAGGGAAAUCUGGAGGAUUCAAGAUGUAAUGGAAGGCCUAAGGAAAAAUAACCCCUCCAGGGGGACAGACACGGCCAAACAUAGAGUAGCUGCAGGGCCUUCAACAACAUUCACCUCUAAUAGUCCAGCAAGCCCAUUGAGCUCUGCCAGUCUCACCAGCCCCCUCAGCCCAUUUUCCCUCAUCUCAGGAUCUCAGGGAUCACCUACCAAGCAUACUACAAGUGAAGACUCGGGCCCCCCUCGGCCCCCUCUCCCUCUUUCGUACACUCCCCUGGAUUCUCCUCCAGCUGUCCCUCCACCCCCAGGGGAGGGCCGCUUCCAGCCUUGGCCUUACCCUAUCUCUCCCUGCUGGCCACACAGUGAGUUGAAGUCAAGUUUAGAGUCAUAUAAGAGAGAGUCACCUCAUCUCUCCACAUCUCUCCCCAAUGAAGGAGUCCCUUCCAUGCAGACAAAGCCAGACCCAGAGAAUGAGAAGCAGCAGGCUAUCAAUAAAGUUGGAAUUGUCCCUCCACGAACUAAGUCACCAAAUGAAGAAGGACCAGUGACAAAACCAGCCGUGGUGAGACGAGGGGGUAGUCACACGUCAAAUGGACAAAUCUCACGGGAGCGUCCAAAGAGUGCACUGUUUCCCAGUGAAGUAAAGUCUAAAAUGAGUGUGGAGGAACAGAUUGAUCGAAUGAAGCGUCAUCAAAGUGGCUCAAUGAAAGAGAAGAGACGGAGUCUUCAGCUCCCUUCUGGUCAGCCGACAGAACCCAGCACUGCAAAACCAGCAGGCUCAUACCGAGUGGUGCGGAGACAUCGUAGCAUUCAUGAGGUAGACAUUUCAGACCUCGAAGCUGCUAUCCGAUCCCAAGAGACCCAAAGGGUAUAUGAAUCUCCACGAGAAGAAAUUGCCCGUCUGCGCAAAAUGGAGCUGGAUCCUCAGGGCUUUGAUGUGGAUAUCAACAGAGAGAUCAGCACACCAGACAAGCUCUCCACCCCAGACAAGGUGCUCAUUCCAGAGCGUUACAUUGAUAUGGAACCUGACAGCCCUCUGAGCCCAGAGGAGAUGCAGGAGAAGCAGAGGAAGGUGGAACGGAUAAAAACACUUAUCGCCAAAUCAAGUUUGCAGAAUGUUAUUCCAUUGAGUGACUCUGAGAUGGAGUUACCUCCAGAUCCUGAAUCUCAGCUUCAGGAGCAGGAGAAGCGCAUUGAGUUAUCCUGCACUCUGGCUGCAGAAGCUUCUCGUCGUGGUCGCCUUCUGUCUGCAAUGUGUGCCACCCCGAGCCCCCCUACGUCUCCCACGUCCCCAGCUCCUCAGACCUUCCCCUCUUCUCCUGAGCGCACGGCUCUAGGGAGCAGCAGCAACAGCAGUGACAGCGCUGGGGAAUACGGGGCGAACAUCAUGUGUGUCUGAGCCACAGUCUCAGGCAGCCACAGCUGCAAAGUUACACAGAGCCUAGUUGUAAUAUAGGCUUUCCUUGUGCUACUCCCACCUGAUGCCAGAUCUCAACACAGUUCUCCACACUCAAUGGAACCCACACCAUCAGUGAAGAGAAGAGCCUGGAAUGGGAGAUGCAUUGCAGCAUUCAUGGAAAAGCAAUGCCCAGUUCUUUACCAAUCUUGUCACCAUUUGGUAUAUAGAUAAUUUAAUUAUUGCAGAAUAUACUGAUAUAUGCAAGGACAUAUCUAAGAAUCUACACGAGAAUCACCAAGCCGUUCUGCUAGAAGAAUUUAUCACUUUUGUCAUGGUGGUCACAACAGCUCCAUAGGAUGUCACUUAUGAAGGAACUAGGCCACCAAAAUCAUCUACCAGAUGACUGACCUGUAUGAUUCAAGUGACUUUUUGCCUCAUCUAAUGCUCAUUUUAACAAUGAACGCCUGCAGCAUCUCUCCAAGCUUGAGCUGCGUUUUCUUUGUAAAGCAAUAACCACAUCUGAAUAGCAUUCCCAUAGCCCUUCUGCUAUAUUCUAUGUAUAUAUUGUGCCAGGAUAACCAGUAACCUGCCACAGCCAUUUUGCAUAGUGUACAAAGCAUAUUGUUCUCUAUAUAUAGCUAUAUAUAUUUUACUUUAUGAUAAAGAAUAUUUAUUGUAUGUAUAUAAUUAUGAGAUGUAAUGGUCGUAUAGGUUAUGAAAGCUAAAGACCUAUGGGCCGUGUACUAUUUCGGGAUUAAGAGAUCAGACACGGAGUGGAUCGAAGGAGCUCUUUCCAGUAACAUUGCAUCCUAAAAUAAAUGCCUCACAAAGUCUGUGGACCAUUUCUAGCUAUGUCUUUUUUUUAUUUCUAACUGAUGUGUAAUACAUUUAGCUUAAGUAACAAAUUAAAACAUUGCAAAAUGUAAAAAAUGUGUGAAACAGAUGUCUACAGCACUUGCGCUAGACAAAAAUGUAGAGGCUUUUGCAAAAUAUCCUCUUAAUCUUUUAAUAUAGCUUCUUAAUUUGUACAAUGUGUAAGAUUUCAACCUAAAAGAGGUGAAGCAAAUGGACUGUGAGGAGAUGGCGCCUAUGGUAUUGCUCUGAUGUGGUGGUGGAAACUUGUUGCAUAUCUGAAUUGAAUAGUACAGUACUCUUUUUAUAUGUCCAUCCAUCAUUGUAAGACUAGCCAUACACAUAAGAUGCCUGCUGACCGAACUCUUAUUUGCCCAACAGUUAUGACUCCUGAUUUCCUCAUACACAUGACUCCUCAGGUUAGCUCACAGCAGAAGAAGCCAUGCCCGCACUCCUCUGCCAAUGGCUUAUAUCUCCCGGAGAACAAAGGGAGUAAGCAAUUGAAAUCCAACUGCCCGAUCCGUAUCUCUCUCGAAAUCUGCUUUUGAGGGAGAGUCAGGAGGUCUCCUUAUGUCUAAUGAGUAUGGCCAGCUUAAGAAUUCCAAUCGAUGUGUUCAUACCAAAACUCCAUUACAUGGGACCGUUUCAAUAUGAACCUUAUCAUAAUACUGAUACAUUGUGACUGGUACCAAAUGGAAGCCUCUGGUCAACCCCUGUUUGUAUAGUUUAUUCCUGUGGGUGAGAAAAACAGUUCCUGAUGGAAUAGUGGAAGAGGGAACUUGAAUGUGUGGGUACAGUUUUGUAAAUAUAGAUGAGUCUUGUAUAUGCAGGUUUUAGUCUGUUUUUGUCAUAGAUGCCUUGUAUAUACAUAUACCCAAAGGUUUGUUGUGGCCUAAAGAGGAAAAUACUGUUAAAAAAAUUUUGAAUUGAAAAUUUCAGCUGUGGCCUUCAAAAACGAUAGUCAUAGGAACAUGCACAAUGUGUGAGAGUUUGUUUUCUAUAAGAAAAACUCCAGUCUUAACAAAAUUUUACAUUGAUGGUCUCCUAAGCGUCCUUUUACACGGCAGAUUUUUGUCCCCUUAAAGAGGUAUUCUGGUAGGUAAAAGUUAUUUCCUAUUCACAGGAUAGGGGAUAACUAUCAGACCACUAGGGGUCCUACUGCUGGGGCCCCCACCGAUCACAAGAACGGGGGCCCAUACCCCCUGCUGCUCCCCUGAAAUGACCGUAGCACCGGUUGCACAUGUUCGCAGCUGCUCCAUUCAUUUAUAUGCGAGUUCCGUAGAUAGCCGAGCGCUCUACAGCAAUACAACAUGUCAGUUGGCAUUCGUUGAGUGGCAAGUAAAUUAGCACGAUCUUCCCCAUACAAUUGCAUACAUUGCAUUUGUGGGCACUGUAUCCCCUGUUUACAUAGGGUAAAGUCCUGCCAACAGACUACGAUUUUUAAUGUCUGCGAAGACUGGGCAAACAAGCAUGUUUACACAGGGCAAUGAUCGGGCAAAUGAGCGUUCGUAGGAAUAUUUAUUCCCAAUCAUCAACUGUGUAAAGGGCCCAUGCUUCUUUCUUCUCCCGAACAAAACAUAGCUGGUGCAUAAUUGUCUCCAUCUGCCUUCUAAACCCUGUGUACGGAGAGGGAAUUAACAUACUGGCAAAGGACAGCAAGUAAUCCAAUCAGUAGCUAGUGUAAAGUAUCAUUCAGCAUGAGCAACUGUGAUACAUUUGGAACGUCAUUAGACUGGCCUAUGUUUACAGUAAAUAUUAGUAAAUCUGCCCCUAUAUACUAUAUGUUUUAUUACUUUUGACUGGAGUUUUUGCUUACAUGAAAUAGCUCCGCACUAGGUUAUGUGAAUGGUAACUAUACAAAACCUCAGACGUUGAGGUUACACUUAGUGUAUUAAACAAUCCUAUGAAAUCGGAAUUAGUUGCAGAAUGUAUUAAUGCAGAUGUGCAGAUGCAGAUGUGAGAUAGAAGCCAGAAGAAUGCGUCACACUUCAGUUAUUUGGUCCGUUAUUUCCAUCAGUAGUGAAGCCUAUCAGGUAUAAUGGAAAGAUCUGCUCCUGUUCGGUGUUUUUGACCUGAACUUGGCUUUGGCUCACAAUACCUGAUGAAAAGAAGUGACCAAGUAACUGAAGUGUGAACGUGGCCUAAGAUGCGUCCCGCUUAAAUAUACAGCUAAGAAAAAUUCUCCCCUUUGUAAAGUACCUGUGCCUCAUGGUCAUACAUAAUUGUAUGUCAUGCAAUAAUGGAUGCAAGUAGAUAGUGGUAUAUACAACAAAAAGGGAAAUCAGUAUGUUGCAGUAGUUUAAUGGAAGGGUUAUUGUAGAAUGAAGACAAGAAAACCAUGAAUACACUUUAAUAUUCUGUGUAAUAUCUUGAACUGUUGACCCUGUAGUGUGGAGAAUAAUGUAUACUUGUAACUUUGGUGGUAAUGAUAAAGAUGGGAGCAGAUUGGGUAACUCAGUAUUCAUGGAUUUUAUUUUUAUUUUUGCACUCUAUUUUCCAUCUGCUUUUACGUUUGUCUAUGUUACUGAUUUUACUAGUACUCUAGAAAAUAAAGCAAAAAAAAAUCUGCAAUGUA